AUGGCGGAGAUGGCGCCGGCCCAAGUGUAUGCCCCACGGACGAUACAGGUGUGGAGGACGCUGCUGAACUGGGUGGCUUUCGUCUUCCAGAUCUUCGCUCAGAUCCUGCGCGCUCCACGACUUCCGGCCGCUGCUCCUGUUGCCUGUGGUGGAGGGAGAGUGAUUGGUGAUUCCCCACCUUUGGAGAAACUAACGGUGGUUCUUGAUUUGGAUGAAACUCUGGUAUGUGCAUACGAGACAUCGAGUUUGCCAGCUCUGCUACGUACUCAAGCCACAGAAGCUGGUUUAAAAUGGUUCGAACUUGAAUGCAUCUCUUCUGACAAGGAAUUUGAAGGAAAACCGAAGAUCAACUAUGUGACAGUGUUUGAACGUCCGGGAGUGAGGGAUUUUCUAGACCAACUUAGUAAAUUUGCCGAUCUUGUGUUGUUUACUGCUGGACUUGAAGGCUAUGCUCGACCACUUGUUGAUAGAAUAGAUGUUGAAAAUCGGUUCAGUCUUAGACUUUAUCGACCUUCGACCAUUAGCACGGAAUACCGUGAACAUGUAAAGGAUCUAUCCUGCUUGGCAAAAGACUUAAGCCGAAUUGUCAUUGUUGAUAACAACCCUUUUAGUUUCUUGUUGCAACCAUUAAAUGGAAUCCCAUGCGUUCCCUUUUCAGCCGGACAACCUCAAGACGAGCAGCUUUUGGAAGUCAUACUUCCAUUGCUCAAGCACCUUUCUCUGCAGAAAGAUGUAAGACCCAUGCUCUACGAGAAGUUCCACAUGCCCGAAUGGUUUCAGAAGCAUGGAAUUCCUGCUUUAGAGUGGACGAACAUAGGAUAAAUUCAUCAUCCCCUUUGUCUGUUUCAUAUGCCGUAAUUCCCGAGGUAAUUAUCCUUGUCGCAAGUUGUUGUCUCUAAACCUGGGGACAAAAUUUUUGUAUAGCAUCAUCCUGUGCGAGAAUGCAGGUAUUGAUGAAAUUCCAGAGAUUGCCUCCUCGGCACGUUCCAAUGUUGUACCAUUGUGAUUUGUGAAAAGCAAGAUUCUAGUAUAAUGCUAUUCAUAUAUAGUCUCCGGCCUCAUUUUCUGUAACUUCCUAGUGUUGUAUGCUCUUGGCACAAUAGAUUACUGCUGGUCCUAAUUUGUUUUCUUCCUCUGUACUAUAUUUUCAGAUUUUUGAAUGCAAUACUUCUGUACAUAUUGGAUCA